ACAAUGCUUGCAACCGAAAUAUGAGCUUUGUCAAGAGAAUAUAUGCGGUUCUAACAAAUAUAAGGGUCGUGUUGAGACUGGACAUUGAUGUUGUUUGCUUGCAUGGAUUACUGCAGUUGUGUCAAGGAAACAUUUCAAUCAAUAUUUCUGUAAAUCCAAGCCGCACCACGUGGGUUGGGUUUGUCCAAUCGGUGCAAAGCUGUGAUACAUGAAAGUAUGCUCUUUGUUCUGGAUUUUGCAAAGUUAUACGGUCUAAUUAACUUUAAUACAGCAACAUGUGGACAAAUGAUAUCAUUUGUUACGGCAAGAUGACAAUCCGGAUACAUCAAUAUCUUUUUUUCCUGGAGCAGUUGUGUAGCCUCCAACCUUUGGCAAACAGUGCGCCAUUAGCUUAUUUAUCACAUGACUUCCCUUCCCCCCCACUUCAUUGAAUGAGGAAGAAGUCGGACAUGUUGGAGGAAAAUGUGUUGAAAAAAACGAUCGUGGUGGAGGACAAGGAGAUUUUUGAAGGAAAGUUUUACUCUGCGUAAUGGAUUUACAAAUCGAGAUUUUUAGUAGUUAAUUUUUAUGUAACCCUGGGAAUCAAUUUGCUAAAUGUUUUUUUUCCUUCAUAUUUACUCACGAUUAAGAACAUCAAUGCAUGGUUUAAUUCAAUGUUCAUUGUAUUUAGAGGCUUUUAAAUGUAUAAUUGUUGUCCGUAUAUAUUGAACAUCUUGAGAUAUUAGUUCAGUGACAUUGGAGAGAACGUGUAACCUUGGUGUGGGGGAUGGGUAUUAGCAUUAGGGAACCAUUUUGUACAGCUCUUAACUACUUUACGAGUUUAUUUUGUUGUCGGAGGUUGGCAUUUUGCUGAUUCAUUGUAGUUUGUUGCACGUGGACUUGGUAGAAUGAGUAUAUUGUCGGUAUAUGAUAGGAACUGUUUGGGGAUUUAGUUUGUCUGAAUGUAGGUUUUCUGUUUGGGUUUUCUCUGGGCAGCUCAUGUUGGGAGAUUGUAAGGCUUAUAAAUUACGAUUUAGUUGAAGUGUUCAAAUCGUGGAUGCGGCCUACAUGGGUGUUAUUGAAGCAGAGCAACAUGGCUCUAAAAUUCUUAAAACCGAUGCAACCUUUGUGCUUGAAGUGUCUCAUAGUAAUUCUUAUAAAAGUGAUUGUUAUCCAAAACUCUUAUCUACUUUGAUAACCAUUUCAGCAAGAGUUGAGAGAAAUGCUGUGUCAUUCAAUGGAGGGCAAUUUCCUUUACCACUUUGGCUUAGGGUGGAAGUUUGCCUUAUCCUGCGUAAGCCAUUUAAAAAACCCAGCUUCAGUGCGAGUUAUGCUAUUUUAUCCAUCAGAUGUUAAGCCACUAAUAGUAUUGUAUGCAUUUAAGUUCUGAAAUUAGGCCUUGGAUAAUGAUAGCCUUUUUCAGUUGUCUGUAAAUUGUCAUCUUGGUUAAAUUAAGCUAGGUCAAACAGCACGUGGCUCUUACUUGGUAUACGAGUAGUUUAGAGCUAGGCGUUAUGAUCGCCUUUGUUUCAAUGCAGGGAAUGGUAUUUCUGGGACAUUGUGACACCAUCUCAUAGGCUAAUAAUUUGUAUGCAGACAGUAAAGUUCGUGUGCACUCUUUGCACUUCAAGAUGGCGCUCCAACACUUGAGAAGGACUAAAAUGCGGCUACUCGGAGAGAAAUAUGUGUCGUUGAGCGCUCGGCCUACGUUUGGCAUCCGAUAGAUACGCGUGACCGGAAUCGCUAACCAAUGGCUUGCUUUCUGUUUACUCUGGAAGUUCGCGCUAGAGAUUCAGCGACCAAUCAUUAUCGUUGCUCUGCCCACGUUGACGUAAUGUAAUUUGAUGAGUGAAAGGGCGGGCUUUGGGAUGUCGCAUUUCGUAAAAGAGUAGCUACGUAAAACAGCCACAAAAAAAGAACUUUUUGAGUGAUGGGAGGUCUAGUCAGUGAUAAGGAGAAUUUUGUUUGAUUGACAAUAACAAUAUGCGAAUAGGUUGGAUGAAAAGUAUAAUAGAAAAACAAAGUUAUUUGGGGGGCUUUGCUAACUCUGGCGGACGUAUUCAACUGCGAAUAGAAAAUACGGGGCGUAGUCUUAAGUUACCGUAUCCAAUAGGAUGAAUGGUUGGUCUAUAAAGUAUCGGGCGUAGACGUGAGUUGCCAUUUCGCUGAAGCAGUGGUCAGUCUAGUGCUGUGGGGGCUGGAGGAAAGGACGGGCGAAGCAGGAACUUGAAUAUUGGUAUUUAAACAGAAUCCGGAUCCAUCCUGAUGGAGACGGCCAUAAACCCGCCCCAUGACAGCUCCCUGGGCGGGGUCGACGUAGGCCUGCAGGGCGUCAUGACGAUGGAGCAGGGCCCUCCGGGCCCCGGCAAGCGCAUCCGGAAACCGUCACUACUGUUUGAGGGAUUCGAGGGCCCCCCUUUGCUCCCCCAUGGGCAAGCGCCCCCCUCUGGGUCACCAAGGCCCCUAGUGUACGACACCAACCGGCAGGGCCGCGCCACCAACCAGCUGCAGUUCCUCCAGAGAGCCAUGAUGAAGUCCCUGUGGAGGCACCACUUCGCAUGGCCCUUCCAUGAGCCUGUAGACGCCUCCAAGCUCAGCCUGCCUGACUAUCACAAGAUCAUCAAACAGCCCAUGGACAUGGGGACCAUCAAGAGGCGCCUGGAGAACAACUACUACCGCAGCGCCAGCGAGUGCAUGCAGGACUUCAACACCAUGUUCACCAACUGCUACAUCUACAACAAGCCAACAGAUGACAUUGUUCUGAUGGCCCAGUCCCUGGAGAAGGCUUUCCUUCAGAAGGUUGCCCAGAUGCCCCAGGAGGAGAUAGAACUGCCCCCUCCUCCCCCACGGGGCAAACCGGGCAAGCCAGGCAAAGGACGCAGAGCCGCAGUACUAGGAGGAGUGACCACUGCUCACCAGGUCCCGGCAGUGUCCCAGUCCGCGUACUCUCCCCCCACGCCGGACACCCCGGAGUCGCUGCUCUCCACCCCCCCACAGACACUCCAGGCCAAGAGUUUACCUCCUACCCUCCACAGUACUCCUGCUAUGCUAGGCUUACCCCCCACACAGCCCACAGCCAAGAAAAAGGGAGUGAAGCGGAAAGCAGACACCACCACCCCCACCACCAUGGCCAUGCCCAUACCCAUCACCAUGGGCGUUGGCGGGAUUGGCAUGGGCAUGGUCGGUGGACCUGACUCCCCGUUGACACUCACCUCGCUGGGGGUAGGCCAAGGCCUCGGGAUGGGUAUGGGUAUUGGUAUGGGCCGCGGCAGAGGCAUGGCGGGCGCCAAAGCAGCUGCAGGGAGGCGGGGAGUCAGCGGGCGCCCUAUUAAGCCCCCGAAGAAAGACCUGCCAGACUCGGUGCAGCUCCAGCCGGUGCGACGAGGAAAACUGGGCCAGCAGCUCCGGUACUGCAACGGGAUUCUCAAAGAGCUGCUGUCCAAGAAACACGCGGCGUACGCCUGGCCUUUUUACAAACCAGUGGACGCCUCCAUGCUGGGCCUACACGACUACCACGACAUCAUCAAGCAGCCCAUGGACCUCAGCACCAUCAAGAGGAAAAUGGACAGUCGAGAGUACCGGGACGCCCAGCAGUUUGCCGGUGACGUCAGGAUAAUGUAUUCUAACUGCUAUAAGUACAACCCUCCAGACCAUGACGUGGUAACCAUGGCACGCAAACUACAGGACGUCUUUGAGUUCUGCUUUGCCAAGAUGCCCGACGAGCCUGCGGCCCCUCCCGCUUCCAUGGGUGGACGCUCCUCAUCUUCUUCCUCUUCCUCCUCGUCCUCGUCUGAGAGCGACCCCAGCAGCGAGAGCGAGAGCGACAGCAGCCCCAGCUCGGACAGCGAGGAGGAGCGUGCACACCGCCUGGCCGAGCUGCAGGAACAGGUGUGUACACAGCUGAAAGCAGUUCAUGAGCAACUGGCCGCACUCUCCCAGGGCCCCAUCGUCAAGCCUAAGAGGAAGAAAGAGAAGAAGGACAAGAAGAAGAAGAAGAAGCCCGAGAAGCAUCGGGGAAGCCGGGUGCCAGUCGAAGAGGAUAUGCCCAUCCGGCCGCCCAAAACGCCCAAGGUCACCAAGACGUCGAAGAUGCAGAAGACACCUAAGACCAAGAGCAGCAAAGGGGGCUCCACACAGGGCAAGAGGAGCACUGGCAAGAAGAGCAACAAGAGCAAGUCCUCCAAGAAGUCGCAGGCGGUGAUGCUCAGCAUGCACCAGAUGAGCGCUGCCGCCAUGCUCCCCCACUACGACUCAGAGGAGGAGGACGAGGUGUCGCCCAUGAGCUACGACGAGAAGCGCCAGCUCAGCCUGGACAUCAACAAGCUGCCCGGGGAGAAGCUGGGCCGCGUGGUUCAUAUCAUCCAGGCGCGCGAGCCAUCGCUGCGCGACACUGACCCAGAGGAGAUUGAGAUAGACUUUGAGACGCUCAAGCCGUCCACGCUGCGUGAGCUAGAACGCUACGUUAUGACCUGCCUUCGCAAGAAGCCUCGCAAACCCUAUGUAGGGAAGAAAGGUGGAGCAGGGAAGUCCCGGGAGGAGCUGGCUCUGGAGAAGCAGUUGGAACUGGAGCAGAGGUUGCUGGAUGUCAGCGGGCAGCUCAACUCUGGCAAGAAGCCUCAGAAAACCAAAGCAGAGAAGCCCAGUGCAGUGGAGCCCCAUGCCGUGGCGUCUCGCCUCAGCGCCAGCAGCUCCAGCUCAGACUCUUCUUCCUCUUCCUCAUCGUCGUCCUCUGACACCAGUGACUCGGACUGAAUGCUCCGGAAGGACGGGCCUGGAUCCCGCAAACCCCGGAUAGGACAGUGCAGAACUGCUAACAGAGCCGCAGGCGGAUCAGACUAUAGUCAGGACUGACCUGGAAUUAAGAGAAAGCUUUCCCUGUGUUCAGAGAAGCCAAACCCAACAGAAAUAGUGGAUGGAGAAAUAUUGAGUUGUUUCAUUGCUUUAGAAACCUAGAGGGUUGACAGAGAGAUGAUGCAUCGUCUCAUUGGAAAAAGUGCCCACGGUAGGAUCUCUACAGGCUCUAGAAAGACGGCAGGAUCUCUACAGGCUCUAGAAAGACGGCAGGAUCUCUACAGGCUCUAGAAAGACGGCAGGAUCUCUACAGGCUCUAGAAAGACGGCAGGAUCUCUACAGGCUCUAGAAAGACGGCAGGAUCUCUACAGGCUCUAGAAAGACGGCAGGAUCUCUACAGGCUCUAGAAAGACGGCAGGAUCUCUACAGGCUCUAGAAAGCGAGACGGGUGGAUGGGUCCAGAACUCUGGGAUCAUCUUGUACUAUGUCUUUCUCGCCACACUGUAUAUACUGUGUACAAAUAUAUAAAUAUCUAUUUUUCUUUUAUAAAGAAGAAUUUUAAGGAAUCCUCAAAUGUGGGGAGAAAGUAAAGGUGUGGAAAGGCUGGCUUUUUAGUCUUUCUGUAUAGAGGGCAAAGUGUGUGAGAAUGUGUGGGGCACGGCCUCGCACAGUAAACACAGUCCUGCUUAGAUGUUCAUCUUGUUGAUGCAGGUUGUUUAAAUCAUUGUGCAUUGUAAAGCACCUUGGCUCAGUAUAAAUGUAUGAACUGCACACAUGGAGAAACUGAAGAGCAUCAAGACCGCAACAUACGCAUGUACUUCUACAGCUUGAGAGGGGUGUCCGUUGUACACAUUUAAUGAGACGUUUUGGUUUAAGCAAACUUUAACUUUUUCCUAUUUUUUUUUCACUCUGUAACUGAUGUGUUUCUAUUUUCUUGUGACCAACCUGCAAAUAAAUUGUGAGGACAUGUCUCCAUUCAACAUUUACCCACACAAACAGAUUCUUCCCUUGUUUUGUUCCGUCAAUUGGAUACGUCUAGGAUUUGUCUAGUGAAGUCUACAGACUACUGAAUGGUCACAUCUCUCUUGCAAGUCAUUUGAACUUGCAUGGGUAGUGCACAAUGACUAGAUUGAGACUUCACCUUUUCAUUUCACUUUGUCUGGGGGAAUUUUUAAAAUGUUAUAUAUAUAUAGAGAGAUUUGAUCUUAGUAUGGUGCAGUGGGGUGCUGACUUGCCUUCCUUGUACCCCAGAUGUGAUUCCCAUACCGUUGCCAUACCAGUGCUUUGCGGCACAGAACCACACUAUUUAUUUUAACUACUUGGCCUUUUAACUUUUUGGCAGCUGGAUGUUUUAUUCAAUUUAGCUAAAUCUGGUUUGGGAAGAAGAUUGUAGUGACCAUUUCCUUGCUCAUAGUGCGAUUAACAGAAGCUGCAUAUAUGCUUCAUGAGAUUCGGAGGUACUAAACUGAUUUAGUUAAGAAUCAAGCUUUUUUUAUAUAUAUAAUAGUUUGAGAAUUUAGAUUUUGUACUUGUGUGAUCAGUUAUUUAUUUCCCGGGGAUUUGAAUGGAAUCCUGUAAUCUUUAUUGCAUUUACUUGAAGGCAAUGGAGAAAGUUAUAUUGGUAAUAAUGACAAAAACUACAAGCAAAAAUGUGUACAGCUCUAAGGACAAAAGGCAAGACUUAGACUUUUUUUUAAGUAUGGAGCAUGUUUCUACCACUGAGGUUCCUUGUUUUGCUUUCGUUCUCUUAGUCGUUCCCCCUACAAUUGAGUGGUUGUUUCUUGUGUUCGGUUUCUUUUCUAAGAAAAAAAUACUUUGAACUGUCCACCUCUAAAAAAUAAAGAGAGAGAGAGCUCUUUAA